AUGAUGUCCUUGGGAAGCGGAGUGUCUGUGCGUGCCGUCUGGGUGGUCCAGUGGUACAGGCUGCUCGGCCUUUUGUUUUGUUCCUAUGCAUUUCUCGGUAUCUUGUUGCAACACGGAGCCUGGUGUAGUUCGCCAGUGGACGGGAGAGAAUGUGAUGGACAUGACUGCAACAAAACCACAGGGUCAGCAGGGCCUGCUACCACAGAAGGAGUUGAAAUUGUGGACGACUCCCCCAGACAGGCAAAUGCAACGCAGGAGGCCCCAGCUGCAAAUUCCCCAGAGCACCCAAUUUUCAUGGUUCCUGGAAUCGCAGGAAGUGGCCUUAUGGUCAGCACGAAGAAUGCGUCACUGCCUCUCUGUGCUGCUUCACCUGUUAGCUCUACAGUACCUUUUAGACUGUGGGCGUCUCUCUCCCUCAUCAGACCCCCUCGUUCACACCAGCUCUGCUGGAUGGACAUGAUGCAGCCCGUCUCUGACGAGAAAGGGGAGCACUACUCCAGUAAGGAUGGGGUAGUAGUUGAAGUUGACAGUUAUGGAACUGCCCACGGCUUUGAUUACUUGGAUUAUUACUACAACGAGAGAUUUGGAGUACCAGGGACAGCAUAUUUUCACACCAUGCUGCGGACGUUCUAUUCCAUGGGAUAUAUGGACUUCGACCGACUCAAGUCUCAGAUCGAGCAUCAUGUCGAAGCAAUGGGAGGCGCCAAGGCAGAUCUGCUUGUACAUAGCCUGGGGUCCAUCGUUUGUAAUUAUUUUCUGAACAAAGUGGUGGACAAACGAUGGAAGGACAAGUACAUCAACUCCUACACGCUUGUCGCUCCAGCAACUGGGGGGAGCUUCAAGGCUAUUAAAGCCAUUUUAACUGGCUACAACGAUCCGGUGGACUUGACAUUUUGGACUUUACUUGAUAUCAGCCUGAUUCCAGUAGAUGUCUUACGUGACCUCGCCCGAAGCCUUGGCUCCAUCUAUGCCCUACUUCCUGACAUCGAUCUUUAUGGAAAGGAUCAUUUGGUAUUGCGACAGUUGCUCCCUAAAUCAGGCACUCGGUCACCUGCUUUUUCCGCUCUAGCUGAGGGCCAAGAUGGAGGGGGUCCUUCAGCUAUGAUGAAUAGCGGCCGAUCUCUUGAGUUUAGGAGGCUUGCUGAGUCAGAUGCAGGGGCUAGCAUACAGGAAUUGGCAGACAAGAGCGAAAAAAAUGGAGAUGAGGAACAUAGAAUGAAUCCACAGGAACAGCAGGUUGGGGAGCAAUUGGUUCAAGAUGCGAUCGACGCACAGGUAAAGCAACGAACGCUGCAGCUGCAUCAGUACGUCGAAAAUGCCAGGGAAAGGAUGGCGGCAGUGGAGCGCCUUGAAGCUACAGAGGAUUUGAACGAGGUUGUAUACACUCUAGGCAACUGGACGACUUUACUGGAGCCCGAGCUGCGAGCUCGAGCAGAGACGGCAAGAGAGCGCAUGAAAGGGGUGCUGGAAGACCCUGGAGUCCCCACAAGAUGCAUUUGGAGUGUUUUUGGCUUUCCUUCUACUGACGUCGGCUACAUAUACACUGGCACAGAUCUUUCUCGGAAGCCGAUACCUGUGCUCGACGUGGGGGACGAUACAGUCCCUUUGCGUUCUCUUUCAGUUUGCACAGGAUGGUCCUCAACUUUCGAGGUAAAGACGUUCAAGAAUUUGGACCAUAUGUUCAUAUUUGGGGAUGGCGAGUUCAACAGCUAUAUUCAAGUUGCUUUUGGCAAACCGAAGGAGAAAAGUGAAAUGCAGGAAGCAUUAGAACUAAGUACCUGA